AUGGGCUCCUGCAAUCCAGAGCCUCAGAAGCUCUUCAUAGAGACACCAUGUAUACCAUCAAUAGCUCUCUCACGAGCAGCGGGCUGUAACAUCUUCCUCAAACUCGAAAACCUGCAGCUCUCGGGGUCGUUCAAGUCGCGCGCCGUAGGAAACAUGAUGUACCAAGCGAUGCUUGCCAAACCCGCCGGCAACGUGCACUUCUACUGCUCGUCGGGCGGAAACGCAGGCCUGGCGUGCGCAACGGCGGCAGCGACCCUGGGACAGCCGUGUACUAUCGUCGUGCCGAUGAUUACUUCCCAGCACAUGAUUGAGAAGAUACGACUCCUCGGCGCCAAAGUCCACCAGGUAGGCACCAACUGGGCCCUCGCGGACGAACACCUACGCACCGCGCUCCUCGCCCACGACCCCACCGGCGUCUACGUCCCGCCCUUCGACCACCCGGACAUCUGGGCGGGCAACAGCACCAUCGUCGACGAGCUCGCCACGCAGCUGCCGGCCCACGGCGUAGCGCACAUCGACGGCAUAGCGUGCAACUGCGGGGGCGGCGGGCUGCUCAACGGGAUCAUGGCCGGCGUGCAGAAGCACUACACCUCCGCCGGGGCAAAAGAACCGACGGUCCUGGCUGUCGAGACCGUAGGGGCGGACAGUCUGAACGCCAGCGUCAAGGCGGGACAACUGGUCACGCUGCCGGGGAUCACCAGCAUCGCGACUAGUCUGGGCGCGCCGCGGGUCGCGGAGCGCACGUUCCGGUGGAGUCGGGAGGCGCGGCAUCUGGAGAGCUUGGUGGUGACGGAUGCGGAGGCGGUGAUGGGGUCUGUGCGGUUUGCGGACGACGCGCGGGUGUUGGUGGAGGUGGCGUGCGGGGCUACGCUGGCGACGGUGUAUAAUGGGGACUUGAGGAGGGUUGUGGGGGGCGAGGGGAUUAGCGACGAGGCGUGGAGGAGGAAGAAUGUGGUUGUGAUUGUGUGUGGGGGGUUGAAUGUUUCGCUGGAGAUGUUGAGGAGUUAUGCGGAGACGUAUGGUGUAAAGUAG